CGAAAAACUAUCCCCCAACCAGCAUAGUAAACAGAUCUGCAGGAACUGGCAGAGGAUAACGAUGCUGUUCCAGAGCUGCAUUGCGACCUGUAGAGAAGUCAGCACAUAUACGUGUCGUGCCGUCGGCCUUCUUGACAACAACUAUAGGUGCUGCCCAAGUAGAGUAAGAAACGGGCGUAAAAACUGCUUGUUGUUGAAGGCGAUUCAGUCCUUCAUCUGCUGUUGGUAAUGUUGCGUAAGGUACUGGUCUCUUUGGACGGAAAACAGGCUUAGCCCCAGGUUUCAACCGAAGCGUUGCUUUCAUGGCAGAGCACCGA